AAGCUAGGUUUUCGCCGCUUUCAUUCUCCUUCCUUGAGCUGCUGCUGUUUCAAAGCCUCCGGUACUUUAACUGCUCCAAAGGAAGAGAAAAAAGAAGGGAAGGUUUUUGCUUAGCCAUGGCUGACAAGGCAGUGACUAUUAGGACCAGGAAGUUCAUGACCAACAGGCUCCUUUCCAGGAAACAAUUUGUCAUUGAUGUUUUGCAUCCUGGGAGGCCGAAUGUUUCCAAGGCCGAGCUGAAGGAGAAGCUUUCUAGAAUGUAUGAGGUGAAGGACCCAAAUUCAAUCUUUGUGUUCAAGUUCAGAACUCAUUUUGGAGGUGGUAAAUCUACAGGAUUUGGUUUGAUUUAUGAUUCUGUUGAGAAUGCAAAGAAGUACGAGCCCAAGUACAGGCUGAUCAGGAAUGGACUUGAUACCAAGGUAGAGAAAUCAAGGAAGCAAAUGAAGGAAAGGAAGAACAGGGCUAAGAAGAUCCGCGGAGUAAAGAAGACCAAGGCCAGUGAAGCAUCAAAGAAGAAGUGAGCUAAAAGGCAGGAAAGAAGAGGUCAAGUUUGUGCUUAUCUUAAGAGCCAAUGUUUUCCGGCAGCCUUUCUUUACUAUUCUGAAGUGUCUAGGUUUUUCUGAAUCUGUUUUUUUUUUAAACUGGAUUUUGGUGUCAACUGAUGUUUAGCUUUAUCAUCUGAUUGUCCUAUUUUGGGUAUUCUUCCCAGGAUUUUGGAAUAUUUAGUAUAAUACAUUCAUAUUUCUUA